AUGACUGAUCGUCCCGGGUGGUAUCCUCCGGGGCAGAUUUGCCAUCCGCCCGAGCUACCAGUGUAUCUAAAGAAUGUUUAUGACCUGAAGCCAAUUGUGGGAGUACCCAAUGACGCCGAGGUUACCCGGAUCCAUGCCGUCUUGCAUGCAGCAAGAAAGCUAUCCGAGGUUCCUGCAAUGAUGGAUCCCAGUUUAUUAAUGGGUCUCGCCGAUCAUCUGUUCGAUGUUCAAAUGGCCAGGUAUCGAAGCAAAUAUUCGCUUAUCACCUUUCCUAGUAGUGCUACAUAUUCACCUCCGAAUCUCCCCGACCAUCUCUCUACCAAACUCGAGUCCGUAUCUGGUGCGCCAACCAAUGAACAGAUGAUAAAGGUGCAGGAUAUCCUUUUGAAUUAUCAGGAAAUGAGACGAUUUCCGUCCAUGUUUGAUGCACAUGUCAACAUGGAACUGUCUCAGCAUCUCUUCGAUCUUCAGAUGGGUGUGUUCAAAAAGCAAUAUCUUUGA